GUGCAUCGUCGCGAGUGUUCGGUUUGUUUUCAUGUUUGCUAGCGCAUUUUGUUGUCAUACAGUUGGUACAAAUGUUUAAACACAAUUCAUAACUUUAGUAGAUGCACUUCAUUCCUAAACUGCACCAAUUUCCACACUCGUUCGCCUUCAUUUCACUUUAUUUGAGCAUAAUUUUUUUCUCUUUAUCUUCGCUUCAUUUUCUAAUCACAUUUCAUUCAAUGCAUUAGCUACUUUUUUAAUUUCGUGCAUUUUAUUUCUGAAACUGUAUCACAAACGUAAGAAAAAACAUCACAAAAAUCAGCUAAAAAUUGAAUCAUGUUGAAAUAUUCAUUUGUGUAUUUCAUAGCAAUAGUGUUCGUUGCUAGUUUCGUUGAAUGUGGUGUGUUCGGUCGAUCUUCACAGCUAUCAAGUGGUGGCGUUCAAAGUCGUACGGGAUACAAUCAAGCCGGUGCUAGUCAAUACGGCAACUACAACUAUAAUACCAAUGUGAAUAGUAACAGUAACAUUGGCAAUCGGAGAAACUCAUAUGUUAAUCAAAUUGAUCAGCCACAAACUGGGACAACGAACAAGAAUUUUCCACGCACUAGCUCCGGUCUAUCGGCCUGGGGAUUGAUCACAAUUAUUAUGUUGAUCAUAGUAAUCGGAAUGGGUGGAUAUUAUGGAAUAAUUUGCUAUCCAUUGAUCUGUAAAGAGGAACGAAAUUAUGACAUUAUGGAUGCAGCAUCCACAACGGCUAGCGCCAAUACGCCCACUCGUUCGGGAGACUUUGAAAAACCAGGCAACUAUAGUUCACGAUCAACAACACCAAGUGUUAUCAUCAACACAUAAUCCAAACAGAUUUUACCAUAGCAAUUUUGUUCAAUCUUUUUUUGGUGGUGUGAUUGGAAAUCGAAAUACCGUCGUUUUAUAUUUAAAAAAGAGGAAGAAAAAAAUUUAAAACAGGAUUUGAAACUUAAUUAGUCUCCCAACGGAAAAUGUUACAUGCAUUUUAUUUUUUCAAAUGCAAACCAAGCUAACUAUUGUGAAAUGGAAAACAAUUCUUUCGGCCAUAUGAAAUCCACGUAUGUUUCCUUCUUUAUUGGUUUGGAUUAGUCUCACUCUCGCGCGCGCAGCAGAUUAUUUAGUGAUUAGGUAUUUAAGACUGAGAAAUUUCAACUUUUUACAUUCUCACAAGUAUUUUAUUGACAAUUUUACAAAAAAAAAAAAAAAAAACAAAACAAAACGAAAAAGAAAUUCGCCGAAUUUUAUGAUGCAUUUCAUUUCAAUGACCAUUUUUUUCCUUUCAUUUUUGACACUUAACUUUUUUCUAGACCUUUUGGUAAUAAAAGCGAUCUACUAAACAAAAA